ACUCACACGCGCGCGCACGCACGCACGCACACACACACACAGACAUAGUGACAGGCGCACACACACUACAGCUUGGCCGGAUCGCUUUAAACUUUGACCACAACUCCAUAACAAAGCGUUUAGAUGUCACAGACUCUCCGGUCUGAUUCACGGCUUUAGUACUAAUGUAGGUUUUUGUACUUUUUACUUUUACACGAAACUUUUCUUGCUUUUUUUUUCUAUCGCGUUCUUUUUCCUGUUUAAUCCGCGCUCUUGUGUGCGCCGUCGCGGCUGUCACUUGUGCGCUGCCACCUCUAUGUGACGCUGGGCGUUUGUCGGUACCAUGGCGGAAGCGGCCCAGCAACAGCAGCAGCAGCUGGUCGACAUCGACCCGGACUUUGAGCCCCUGUCGCGGCCCCGGUCCUGCACUUGGCCGUUGCCGCGGCCCGAGUUCACAAACCCCGCAGACUCGAGCACGUCCUCGCCGGCGCCUUCGGUCAAGCACGAGCCGAGUGGCACAGCUGACUUCCUGACGAGUCUCAGUCUGCUGGAAGAAUCCGAGGACUAUCCUGAUGACAAGCCGCUCGUCUUGUGCUCGGAUUUCCAGUGCCAAGAAAACUGCGGGCACCGACAGCAGCAGCGGCCGCCGAUCCCCGGCGCUCCGCUUCCCCCACAGCAGCAGCAGCAGCAGCAACAGGUGCCGUUACUUUCCUCCUCGUCCACAGCGGCGGCGCAGAGGAAGAGCGGCUCGGCGCGGCGCAACGCCUGGGGCAACAUGUCAUACGCUGACCUGAUCACAAAGGCCAUUGAGAGCUCACCGGAGAAGCGCCUCACUUUGUCUCAGAUCUACGACUGGAUGGUGAAGAGCGUCCCUUAUUUCAAGGACAAGGGCGACAGCAACAGCUCCGCCGGCUGGAAGAACUCGAUCCGGCACAAUCUGUCUCUGCACAGUCGCUUUGUGCGAGUGCAGAAUGAGGGGACGGGGAAAAGCUCAUGGUGGAUGCUCAACCCAGAGGGUGGUAAGAACGGCAAGUCACCUCGUCGUCGUGCCGCGUCCAUGGAUAACACCGGCAAGUUUGCCAAGAGUAGAGGGCGUGCUGCCAAGAAAAAGUUGGGCCUUCAGGGUGGUCCUGAUGCUGGUGCUGAUAGCCCAGGCUCUCAGUAUAGCAAAUGGCCCGGCAGCCCCAACUCACAUAGCAAUGAUGACUUAGAGGCCUGGACAACGUUUCGCCCUCGCACCAGCUCCAACGCCAGCACAGUGAGCGGUCGUCUUUCACCCUUCAUGCCUGAGCAGGAUGACUUGACUGACUCAGACAUGCACAUGGUCUACUCAGGCCCCAGUUCAUCUGCCAAAAUGACCUCUACUCUCCCGAGCCUUUCGGAGAUGACUAGCUCCUUGGCCCAUGGCAGCACAGAGAAUGUGAUGGAAAACCUUCUGGACAAUCUCAACCUGCUCUCGCCAAAUAACCCUGGAUCAGCUGGAGGCCCCAGUUCAAGCUCCAACCAAUCAUCCCCCUCCUCUCUCUUACAGAGCAGCCCUGGAUAUGCACCAUACAGCAACCAGCAACCCCAGCAAGACUACCGCAAGUGCAUGUAUGGCCAGGCCAGCAUGGGAAAUCUGUCCUCUAUAUCAAUGCAGACUAUGGAGAGCAAGCCCUCUUUCCCAGCAUCUUCUGGAUCCAUGGGGCAGUUUAACUGCCCAGCGGGGCUUCUUAAAGAGCUCCUGACCUCUGAUUCAGACCCACAUACAGAACUCAUUCCUUCUGUAGACAGCGUGGUCUCCCACACAGCUGGCAGAGGAGGACGCAUGCUGCCUUAUGGUAGCGGGCGACCCGAACUAAUGGGGGGUGGCACCUCCCAUGGCCAUGUCCUGUCUCACUCUCACAGCAUACAUGGCCAGGCACCACCUACCUCCGUGGCUCUGAAUGGCCGUCCAAUACAUCUUAUGAGCAACAUGACCCACGGAGGACGUAUUGGGUCAGUCAAAUCAGCUAUGCAGAUGCAAUAUGGGGCUUCUGGUCACAUGGCUGGAGGUAGUGGGGCAGGAGGGGGAGGACUCCCUUUCUGCAACAUCAAUGGCAAUGGCUAUGGACCUGGACCAAGCCUGCCCCCCAUUCAGCAUAUGGAAAAGCUGCCAAGCGAUUUAGAUGGCAUGCCUGUGGAGCGCUUUGAGUGUGACAUGGAAUCCAUCCUUCAUGACACACUCAUGGACGGAGACACGUUGGACUUUAACUUUGACUCCAUGUCGAGCCAGCCAGGGUUCCCACCACAUGGGGUCAAGACCACUACUCACAGCUGGGUGUCAGGGUAAAGGAAAGACCUUUCAGCCUCUCAGACAAGAGAGGAAGACCCCAAAGAGGCAAUUCACACACAUUCAAGCUAUGCUCUCUUCAGUCGCUUCUCAUCACAGACAUUCUUCUGCUUUAUCCCAGCUCAGCCAUGGCUGUAAUGUGACUGCACUUUGCCAAGGACGUUCGUUCAGUUGGGAACUGAAGGAGGAGGCUCCUGCUCCAGCAUUGCAAUGCGCCUUCAAACCAAGUGCCAAACCAGGUGCCUGUGCUCCUUAGCCAAAUCAGAUGUGCUUUAUUUUGCUACCAGUGGUCAAAUCAGGGCAAAAAUGGUGUGGUUCACAACUAAGACUUUAUUAACUGCAGCAUGCAUACACUUAUGCAACUACAGAUCUUCAUACUUAUCAGAACCAUCAAUCAAAAUCUCUACUAAAUUCACACUGUGACCAGGUGACACCCUAAAUUAAGGCACCUAUUCUUAAAUUCAUGCCUUUUGUCUUCACCAGCCCUUUAAAACGUCCUUUGCAUGGUUAUGUAUACCUUUGCUGUACAUGUCUAGCAUGCUGUUAGAGUCCAACCUGCUGCCUUUCACUUUCUUAUGUCUACAUUCAAUGCUUUAUGCCAUAGAUAGCUCAAACUUAUCCUUAAUGGGAAAAAGAACUGGAUUCUAAAAAAUUGUGUACAUUUUUUAUUUGGAGAAGGUCCUUUUGUUGGCAGGGCCUGGAAGAAGCUUAGAAAAAACUCUGCCUACUUAGACUAUGUUACAUGAAUUAUUACAUCAUUUUCUGUUUUCUGUUUAUGCAUUUGAAUCACAGCAGACAUACUUCAUACUUUUUAACAAGAUUUUUGAUUAGUCAUGUACAGAAUGUUUACACGAAGAAUUCAGCAAUCAUUGCAGCAGAUUUGACAAGUUUUGUAAAUUGAGAGAAAUUGGAUCUGACGCUUGACUUUUUGGUUGGCUCAUUCUCACUUAUAACUGUGUACACCUUUCCACAUUUCCUGUAAAUAUAUAGUAAAUAUAUAUGGCAGAAGUAUAUAGUUGAUGCAUUCGAAAUUUUGUUAUUGUUUUUUUUUUGUGUGUGUGUGUGUGUGUAUGUGUGUGUAGGGUUGGCUUUAGCUGAGGUUAGUUUAAGCUUGUAAAAUGCAUUUGAACAGUGUUUUGGGGUCCUUAAAGGACAGGUCCACACAUUUUGCAAAGAUUCUUCAUUUGUUUGUAUCCUGAAAGCUCCCUUAAAGAGCCAAUAUGUAUAUAUUUUCUGGCCUUGGGUGCUCUAUUAAUCAGUUGUAUAUGGAAUAUUCUGCCAUCCUAAGAUGCUAUGAUUUAAUAGUGUACCAGUGAUGAGUCUUUAUCUGGUAGACUCCUAUUAUCUGACUUAGCAUGGCAGAAAUUUUGACAAAUUGUUGGACAUGUCCUUUAACAUUUCUCGUAAAGGCCCUCACACAAAAGUCCUGAUGUAGUUAAGAACUACAGUGCAGAUAGGCACUUAUGUUGCACCAUCUGUGCAUGCAGAAAAGCUACAGACCUCUGACUUUAAGAAAGUGUAGUGAAAUGUAUUUAUUUAUUAGCGUGAAGGAGAAGAGACGUGAUUGAGUCAUGUCACAGAUUAAUCAUAGAUUCUUUCUUUCUUUCUUUCUUUCUUUCUUUCUUUCUUUCUUUCCUUUCUUUCUUUCUUUCUUUCUUUCUUUCUUUCUUUCUUUCUUUCUUUCUUUCUUUCUUUCUUUCUUUCUGCAUCUCCCUCUCUCAUAAUUCAGGCACUGUGAUGUACAUGCCAAUAUUUUUGUGAUGUUUCCAAUUACUGAUGUCAGAAAAAAAAAGGAAAAAAAUGCCAUCUCGAAAAAUUCUACCCUCCAUCCUUUUUAGCUGACUUGCCUCACUAUCGUCAUACAACCAUCAUAAAACCCAUUAGCCAUCACUUUGGCUUGUUCAGUCUAGCUACCAUGCUAUUCAGACAAUUAUUGUUGGAAGUUGCCCAGUUCAGAGAAAACAGAUAGCAUGCCUUUGGAAAAUCAAUGUAAUUUCAUAUCAAAUUAUUUACAGUAGUUACUGUUACUUUAACACAGUUAGAUAUAUGUCAGGUUGUUCAGGUUGUCAUGGUUUUAUUGGUGUAUUUCUAAGUUUCAUUGUUGGCUGGAAUUGAGUUCACUGAGGACACCAAUUGUUCUGACUAAACUGAAAACCCUGAAAAACUGGUGUGUCAGAGUAUAUGUCUAAAAGUUCUGGCACACAUCUGGAGACUUGCUGUAGGUGUUAUUUAUAAUGUGCAAAAAAACUGCACAUGUUAAGUCUAGUGGAUCAAAGGUAACAAUGCACCAUCUGCCCAAUUUUUAUAUUUGAAUACCCAAAAGAAUUAAGAGACUGAUAUUUGGUUAAUUGCUAGGGAAGAAAAACAUGUUAAUACUGUAUGAUAUAAUGAAGCAUCAUAUUUUUUUAUUGCAGUUCAGUUUUUAUCUCUGUAUAAAAUGAAAAUCUUGGGUUGUCACUUCAAAUUUAAAUUGUGCUCAGUGUAAAAUUCUGAAAUUGCUUAAUAUAAGCUUCUAAAUCAAAAUAUUUCCAGACAGGAAUUUCUUUGUCCACAUUUUCCAUGCUGACUUCUUGUGCACAUUUGGCAUAACAUGUAUAUGAUUUCAGUACACAAAUACUGGCAUCUCUAACAGAAAUGGGUGCAUAUCCCUAAUCUAUGCAUAAUAAUCACAAUCACAGACUGUUACCCAAUUCACCAAUCAACACACAGAAGUCUAGGGUGGACUCAGUAAACCUUUACAGAUGAGAAUAUAUUACAUAGACAACACCUCAGUAGGAUAAUAUUUUUUGCAUGAUCAGCUUUUAAGAAAUCAUAAGAAUUAUUUAGUGAAUUUAAACAGAAGUACCAAAUGAAAUCAUACCAACAUUAUGAUGCUGAUUAGAUCAAUUCUUUCCACAGAGUGAUUUCCUUUCACACAGUUGGUUUAAAAUUUUGCUUACUAUAUUUACUCAACCUUAAAAGUUCCUGUUUUAUAAUUUUAUAAUGAUAGUUUUAUAAUGAUCUCUCUCUCUCUCUCUCUCUCUCUCUCUUGCGCUCUCCUCUUUCUCUCUCUCUCUCUCUCUCUCUCUCUCUCUCUCUCUCUCUCUCUCUCUCUCUCUCUCUCUCUCUCUGUGUCUCUCUCUUGUGCGCUCCUCUCUCUCUCUCUCUCUCUCUCUCUCUCUCUCUCUCUCAUGCGCUCCGCUCUCUCUGUCUCUCUCUCUGUCUCUCUCUUUCUCUCUCUCUCUCGCUGUCUCUCUCUCGUGCGCUCUCUCUCUCUCUCUCUCUCUCUCUCUUGCGCUCUCCUCUUUCUCUCUCUCUCUCUCUCUCUCUCUCUCUCUCUCUCUCUCUCUCUCUGUGUCUCUCUCUUGUGCGCUCCUCUCUCUCUGUCUCUCUCUCUGUCUCUCUCUCUCUCUCUCGCUGUCUCUCUCUCGUGCGCUCCUCUCUCUCUCUCUCUCUCUCUCUCUCUCUCAUGCGCUCCGCUCUCUCUGUCUCUCUCUCUGUCUCUCUCUUUCUCUCUCUCGUGCGCUCUCUCUCUCUCUCUCUCUCUCUCUCUCUCUCUCUCUUUCUCUCUCUCUCUCUCUCUCACUCUCUCUCUCUAUCUCUCUCUCGUGUGAUAUAU